UUCACCAUGGGCGUCCAGUCACUCUACACCCCCAUCCCCCUCACCUUCACCAUGGAUGUCCAGUCACUCUACACCUCCAUCCCCCUCAUCUUCACCAUGGAUGUCCAGUCACUCUACACCUCCAUCCCCCUCACCUUCACCAUGGAUGUCCAGUCACUCUACACCUCCAUCCCCCUCACCUUCACCAUGGACGUCCAGUCACUCUACACCUCCAUCCCCCUCACCUUCACCAUGGAUGUCCAGUCACUCUACACCUCCAUCCCCCUCAUCUUCACCAUGGACGUCCAGUCACUCUACACCUCCAUCCCCCUCACCUUCACCAUGGGCGUCCAGUCACUCUACACCUCCAUCCCCCUCACCUUCACCAUGGACGUCCAGUCACUCUACACCUCCAUCCCCCUCACCUUCACCAUGGACGUCCAGUCACUCUACACCUCCAUCCCCCUCCUCCUCACCAUGGACGUCCAGUCACUCUACACCUCCAUCCCCCUCACCUUCACCAUGGACGUCCAGUCACUCUACACCUCCAUCCCCCUCAUCUUCACCAUGGACGUCCAGUCACUCUACACCUCCAUCCCCCUCACCUUCACCAUGGACGUCCAGUCACUCUACACCUCCAUCCCCCUCACCUUCACCAUGGACGUCCAGUCACUCUACACCUCCACCCCCCUCAUCUUCACCAUGGACGUCCAGUCACUCUACACCUCCAUCCCCCUCAUCUUCACCAUGGACGUCCAGUCACUCUACACCUCCACCCCCCUCAUCUUCACCAUGGACGUCCAGUCACUCUACACCUCCAUCCCCCUCACCUUCACCAUGGACGUCCAGUCACUCUACACCUCCAUCCCCCACCAGAGGGGUCUCAAAGCCCUCCGUUUCUUCCUCAACUGCAGAACCAACCAAUCCCCGUCUACUGAUACUCUCCUCCGCCUAGCGGAGCUGGUCCUUACCUUUAAUGACUUUUUGUUUGACACCUCCCAUUUCCUCCAAAUACAAGGCAUAGCUAUGGGCUCUAGCUAUGCCCGCCUCUUUCUAGGGUACGUCGAACAAUCCUUGUCCAAGACGUACCGUGGCCCCAUCCCCGACCUCUAGCUCUGCUACAUCAAUGACUGCAUUGGUGCUACCUCCUGCACCCACACACAACUCACUGACUUCAUCCAUUUCACCACUAACUUUCACCCGGCACUCAAAUGCACCUGGACCAUUUCCGACAUUUCCCUACCAUUUCUAGACCUCACUAUCUCCAUCGCAGGUGAUAGACUAUUGGCCGACAUCCACUGUAAACCAAAGAUCCUAUAGUGGAGCAAGAUGGACUACUCCUGCGAAAAACACGUAGUAUGGUCAUGGGCAGAUUCAUGGAUGUCGACAGUGGGUCCAGAAUACUCGCCGCCAUGAUCUCCUACACUGAAGGCGGAGUAUUUGUCAAAUAACUGCCGUCUUAUGUACAUUGUGUGAAAUUGUGAUUUGUUAACUGCACAAAACAAUGUAAAAUGGCGAUUUAUUUGUCAUUGUAUCUACAUUGGAUGUUUUGCUCUUUGGUGUAAGCAGGGAUGGGGCUACCAUUGUGUUACAUACGUUGAAUUGUACAUCACUUUCACUGGUUAGCUGAUAUGCUGAACACUGCAGCCCUGUAUAUCUCAUGCACAGAAUAAUGUGAAUUCUGUAAAUCUUACUAUGCAUGUCAGAAAUAAAGUGUUAACCAUGUUAAUGGAUUUCUAUUAUGAAUUAUUUAAAAUUGAGUGGGUUGGUGCAAUAUUGGUGCCGUAUGCUGCUAAUGUGUCGUUAUCAGAUAUUCAGUGUUAAAAAGAGAAAUAAAUCACAAUAAAAGCGAAAAGAUGUUCCUUCCACAGCGUGCGGGUAGUCUGGCCCGAAUCAGCUCGGCUGAGACACGAGAGUGAAGUUGCGGGGAGGUUUACAAUGUUUUCUUAAUUAAUGUUGUCCCUUGUCUAGUCUGAAAUAAAGUUCAUCAUUGGAUAUAAAAAUCAGAAGAAAUGUAAAUGUGUGUGUUAUAUGAUUAUAUACAUUUAUAUCACAUUCAUGUAUGAGUGUUCUUUCCAAUACAAUCUAAUCAGUUGUAUGCUCGCUGAAUAAAACCAUCCUUAAAUUAUAAAUUUUGUAAAUCUUGCUCAAAACAAAUUUAAUUUUGUAAAAUACUUCAUUUAGAUAACCCCACCAUUACAGACAGAUCUCAUUCCACUCUCUGGCUAUUGGGAAGACCAGACCCAUUUUAUUGUUGAGAAACAACUCCAUAGACACAAAAACAUUAAGGAACAUUCCAGGGGUAGAGCAACUGGAAUCUUCAUAUUGCUAAUAUUUUCCCAAAUACUGCAGUUGUGAACAGUAUGAUUAGAUGAAUGAAUUACAGAGUGCAAGUGUAAUACAAAAUCAACUCAAACAGCACAUGAGCCAUUUAAAAAGAAAGGAUUUCAAAAAACAUUAAAAAAGAAAAUUAACCGAGUCAAAAUUUAUAAACAUUUUAUUCUUUAACAAGAAUUAACAGAAUUAUGAACUAACAGAAUUAUAAAUCUAACCCUAUAUCACACACACAAACUGUUCCCCCACAACACUGAUUACACUGGGUCGGGUCUGGUUACUGAAAUGGACGAAAAAAAGGCCCACGUUCCCUUCCGUUGUGUACGACACGUCAGCCCAUUGCAUUUCAUAGAAACAUAGAAACAUAGAAAAUAGGUGCAGGAGUUGGCCAUUCGGCCAUUCGAGCCUGCACCGCCAUUCAAUAUGAUCAUGGCUGAUCAUCCAACUCAGUAUCCUGUACCUGCCUUCUCUCCAUACCACCUGAUCCCUUUAGCCACAAGGGCCACAUCUAACUCCCUCUUAAAUAUAACCAAUGAACUGGCCUCAACUACCUUCUGUGGCAGAGAAUUUCAGAGAUUCACCACUCUCUGUGUGAAAAAUGUUUUCCUCACCUUGGUCCUAAAAGAUUUCCCCCUUAUCCUUAAACUGUGACCCCUUGUUCUGGACUUCCCCAACAUCGGGAACAAUCUUUCUGCAUCUAGCCUGUCCAACCACUUAAGAAUUUUGUAAGUUUCUAUAAGAUCCCCUCAAAAUCUUCCAAAUUCUAGCGAGUAUAAACCAAGUCUAUCCAGUCUUUCUUCAUAUGAAAGUCCUGACAUCCCAGGAAUCAGUCUGGUGAACCUUCUCUGUACUCCCUCUAUGGCAAGAAUGUCUUUCCUCAGAUUAGGAGACCAAACCUGUACGCAAUACUCCAGGUGUGGCCUCACCAAGAACAUGUACAACUACAGUAGAACCUCCCUGCUCCUAUACUCAAAUCAUUUUGCUAUGAAUGCUAACAUACCAUUCGCUUUCUUCACUGCCUGCUGCACCUGCAUGGCUACUUUCAAUGACUGGUGUACCAUGACACCCAGGUCUCGUUGCAUCUCCCCCUUUCCUAAUCGGCCACCAUUCAGAUAAUAGUCUUCUUUCCUGUUUUUGCCACCAAAGUGGAUAACCUCACAUUUAUCCACAUUAUACUGCAUCUGCCAUGCAUUUGCCCACUCACCCAGCCUAUCCAAGUCACCUUGCAGCCUCUUAGCAUUCUCCUCACAGCUAACAUCGCCCCCCAGCUUCGUGUCAUCCGCAAACUUGGAGAUGUUGCAUUCAAUUCCCUCGUCCAAAUCAUUAAUAUAUAUUGUAAAUAGCUGGGGUCCCAGCACUGAGCCUUGCGGUACCCCACUAGUCAUUGCCUGCCAUUGUGAAAAGGACCCGUUUACUCCUACUCUUUGCUUCCUGUCUGCCAGCCAGUUCUCUAUCCACAUCAAUACUGAACCCCCAAUACCAUGUGCUUUAAGUUUGUACACUAAUCUCUUAUGUGGGACCUUGUUGAAAGCCUUCUGAAAGUCCAGAUAUAACACAUCCACUGGUUCUCCCUUAUCCACUCUACUAGUCACAUCCUUGAAAAAUUCUAUAAGAUUUGUCAGACAUGAUUUACCUUUCGUAAAUCCAUGCUGACUUUGUCCAAAGAUUUCACCACUUUCCAAAUGUGCUGCUCUCCCAUCUUUAAUAACUGAUUCUAGCAGUUUCCCCACUACCGAUGUUAGACUAACUGGUCUGUAAUUCCCCGUUUUCUCUCUCCCUCCCUUUUUAAAAAGUGGGGUUACAUUAGCUACCCUCCAAUCCUCAGCAGGAGUGGCCUAUCUUGCUCCGCUAUAGAAUCGUUGCUAUAAACCCACUGACUCGCAUGGCUAUCUGGAGUGCACUUCUUCCCACCCUGCUUCCUGUAAGGACCAUCCCCUACUCCCAAUUCCUCUGUCUACGCUGCAUCUGCACCCAGUAUAAGGUGUUUCACACCAGGGCAUUGGAGAUGUCCUCAUUCUUCAGGGAACGGGGGUUCCCCUCUUCUACUAUAGAUAAGGCUCCCACCAGGGCCUUUUCUAUACCCCGUGAUUCUGCUCUCACUCCUGAUCCCCCCACUCGUAAUAAGGGCAGAAUCCCCCUU